CAAGCCAAGUGCAAUAGACUUGAAAGGAUUAUGGAUUGAUAUGAGGUAGUUUUGCGCAAUACUGAAUCAUACAGUAUGGAUAACACCGUUGCAUUUGGUUACUGAGCGUCACAGAGUUCAAUUUUGUGGUCCACAUGGAUAUAUUUCUCGCUUGUAUAUAGAGAUCUAUAACAAACAACACGUCGCAGAGUCGAAGUAAAUGUAGACGGGUGCAGACUUCUUAAAUGUGCUAAAGUGAAAAACUUUUGAUAAAGCUUUUAACGUUGUAUUAAUAAUUCGUUAUUUUGGACUAUAUAUAUAAAAUAAUUUGUGAUUGAAAACAAAUUGGCAUAUUUUAGUGAAAAACAUUAUUAAUGAGAAACUGGUUUGUUGGACAUACAAAAAAAAAAACACACACACAAAAGAAGGAGAAAACAUUUUUACAUUAAUUUAUCUAUAUACAACUUGGAAUUACAAGUCAUGGCACUAGCAUCUCGGAAGCAAUCGUGGGUCACGGUAAAUAUGAGGCUUCCACCAAUUUCGGAAGUACCUGCAAAAUCACCAACUUCGUCAUCGUCUUCACCGAGGUCAUCAUCGACUUCUAAGACGCGAGAUACUGGAAAUCCUUUCAGGAGGAGCUCGCGACGUUCAUCCGUAUCGUCAACUUCGUCGUCGUUGUCCGAUCAAUCCGUGACGUCACAAAACUCGUCAGUUUCGCCGAAGGCACAUCGUACAUCUGUCGGUCAGAAUAAGAGAUCUUAUUCAAUAAACUUAACAAAAUCAGAAGAAAUUAUAAAACAACUGGAGCAGCGGAGAAGAAGUUCGAUACUUAAUGUAAUGCCAGACGGCAGAAAGGCCUCUUUUCGUACUGUCGGAGCACGGGUUACCACCCUUCUAAAGGCUAAAAACGCUUUUGCUAUGCUAAGAAAAAGGCGGGCACAGAUUGAGGACGAUACUGUCGAAGAUGACAAAGAAUUUGAGAUUGAUCAAUUGCCUGCAAAACCGAGAUUCGCUUCUACGUUAUCAGCCGAGGCUCAGUAUGCUAUGAUGAAAGGUUACGAAGAUGUUGUGUACAGUAACUUAUGCCGACAGUAUCCCGAAUACCGACCGAUGCUCCGACGAAACCAAACACCGCUAUCAGGAGUCACAGUAAAGUCAGUAAUGAAACAUUGUGGCAAUAUCUUCGAAAAAACAAAAGCGAAUGAACAAAUUGUAAAAUCAAAUGAUGGUGCAGACGACGUGGCUAUUGACACGGUAGAUUCACGGGACGAUAGUGAACCAGUAUCGGCAUCCACGCCAAAGGAAGAUGUUUCAGUUACGUCAUCACGACAAACAUUGAACACUUCACCCGUUCCUACGUUGAACUCAACUGACCAAUCACUAUGCGAGACACAAAACAUCUCGCCUCUUUCGAGAAGAACAUUUAACACGGAAUUUGCAAGCACAAAAGCAAAAACUAAACCAGAAGUGCAAAGUAAGGAAAAACAGCUUGUGAUGACUUACAGGUACCAGCGUGCAAUGGAUAUAUUAGACAGUAUACGCGAAAAUCAAGGGAUACAGCCACUGUCGCCGCGACGGAAAGAGAGCCGCCAUAUUGAACCUUUGAAAGAUUACAACUCAUGGUCACAUGUGUGGACCCAUGAAUUUGAGCCAAAAAGAGCGCUGACAAAUAUAUAACUAUUGAAAUAUUAAAAACAAUUUGUAGGGUUUACGGAUCAUACUGAUACAGCAAGUUAUGUAUAUAUGUAUAUAUAACAAACACAUAAAUUAACAAUAUUGUUUACACUGUAUAUUUCAAAAUAUGGACAUAUAAUCAUUUAUAUUUGGCAUGCUGUGUAUUUAUGAAUUAACCGGUUAGAUUUGUGUUUAUUCUUCAUUAUAUCAAUUUACCUGUAAGUUAGAAUAUUUAUUGGAUUUUGUCAUGAAGUUCCAAGUUUACAGUACUUGCUCUCAAAGUAUACACUCAUUUACCAUAGAUGCACUGUGAUUAUAUGCUAUAUGCUUGUGGUAGUACUCUCGUACUGACACUCGGCUAUUUUCGUGCGAUUACGUAUUCUUCGUGUGCAAUUUCGGAAUCCUUCGGCCAUAACAGGAUACUGAUAUUUCCUUACAACCGAUGAAUGCCGAAAUAGAACGGAAAAUGCCGAGUGCCUUUACAGAUCAGCUAACUAAAAGUAAAUGUACAAAUAAUGUUAUGUAAUUAUAAUUUAUAUUGUCUAUUCUCUUUAUUCAUUUGUUAACGCCUUUUGUUAAAUAACGUGCCUGCAGUAUAUUAUUUCUUAAUUAAAGCUUCUCGUAAAUUAUAAGAA